UGUCCGGAGAUUGGUUUGCGUGAAACGCUGUCGUUUCAUUUUUCGUUUACACGAAAGAUGAAUAAUGACGGAGGAGGCUUUCCGAGUUUCUGGUAAAUGGCAAUCGGUACGGUACCGUUGUCUUGAUUUGAAUUUGAAACGACGUUGAAGCGGAGAUCCAUACGUAGAAGCUGGAAAGAUGUCCGCCAUAGGUUGGGAGUACCACAAAUCGGGAAUGCUAUCCAAGGAGCAACUGCUCCGCCUUUUUGAUCGAUUCACUUUCCUCACCUCACAGUCUGACGUGAAGCAAAGGAUUGCGGAUGCUGUGAAGGACAAACAGGAAGCUGUUGCUGUUACAACUGCAAUCCAAGAGGAGAUAUUUUUGGAGAUGGGAAUUGAUCCAAGAUUUGGUCUUGCUUGCUUGGGAAAAGUAAACAUGGUGUAUGAAAAUGAUCAGGAUUUGAUGAUUCGCUUUUAUGGUUUUGUUGCAAAAGAAGAGCUGGCUUGUGAGGAAGCAGAGCUUGGUCCAGACGGAUUUGCUGAAAGAAUGCACAUGCAACACAGUUUACAAGAGCAGCAAUUAGAGAUGCUGAAGUAUAUGCGCAACUUUCACUUGGAUGAUCAAUCUGCAAUCAUUGACAAGGUUCGCCAGAACAUGGAGAUGGCCAAUUUUGACAGUGAGGCUUCAGUACUGUCAGUGGAAGAGAUGCAGGUUGUUGUUUCAAGCUAAGUGGCACCUCUGUUCUGCCUAGAUAGCUUAGCUGAAAGUGCUGCUGUCUGUUGUAAGUUGUAACGAGAUCAUUGAGCUGUAUAUUGCGGCCUUUGAGCUUUGGAACAGAGAUUGAGUUCCCCUUUAUUCCUAGUGUUUAUAAGUGUUAGUAUUGCACAAAAAAGAAUUGCAUUUUAGAUAUUUGCUUUACGGAGUUCAUGGGUCAAUAUUUUAUUAUCAGUGUGUUUCUACUUUCUACCAUUGCUCCAUGAUGUUCUAGGUGACAAUUAUUAAGGGAAAAUGACAUUGUUUCCCCUGAAUUUUAUGUCUAUAGUGCUUUUUCACCUAAAUUAUUUAUGCAUUUACUUGUCUUCAAA